AGUGGAAAGCUGAAAGGAAGAAGUACAGUGCAUUAUAUUAUAGCCUAUUUUGGAAAGUCGCAUUUUAAGAAAGCAUUUAUACAAAAUGACUCAAAAUGAUGAAAAUCAAAAUGAAGAAGCUGGGAAAAUAUUUGUUGGUGGACUCAGCUGGGAAACUACUCAAGAGAAACUGAAAGAGCAUUUUUCUCAAUUUGGGGAAGUGGUGGAUUGUGUGGUAAUGAAAAAUAAUGAAACAGGAAGAUCUCGUGGAUUUGGUUUCGUUACAUUCAAGGACCUGAACUGUGUACCUAAAGUUCUAACUGGUGGACCCCAUGAAGUGGAUGGACGCACUAUUGAUCCUAAAGUGUGCAGCUCAAGAGAUAUUCAAGAAGGGAAAAAAUCUGGCCAUUAUCCGAAAGUCUUUCUUGGUGGAUUGCCGUCAAAUUGCACUGAAACUGAUAUUCGAAGUUUCUUUUCUCGUUAUGGAACAGUGAUAGAGGUUGUUUUAAUGUAUGAUCAAGAGAAGAAAAAGUCUAGAGGGUUUGGAUUUUUGUCCUUCGAAACUGAAGACAGCGUGAAACAAGUGUGUGCUGAGCACUUUGUGAAAAUCAACGGGAAGAAGAUUGAAUGCAAACAUGCUGAACCUAGGGAUAAGAAAAGGCCUGCUCAACCAAAUGCCCCUCCAAAUCAGUGGGGAGGACCUCCAAUGGGGCCCCCUGGGUGGGGACCUGGAGGUAAUGCCCCAGGAGGCCCCGGGCCUUGUGGCCCUGGUAUGGGGCCUGCUGGAGCUCCAGGUCCCAUGCCAGGUCCCAUGGGUCCACCGAUGAAUAAUGGUAUGAUGGGACCUCCUGCUGGUGGCUAUCAAGGAGGUUGGGGAGCUCCACCCCCUCCUUAUGGACCUCAAGGUGGCUGGGGUCCUCCUCCAGGUGGUUAUGGACCGGGAUACAAUUGGGGCUGCGGUCCAGGAUAUGGUGGUCCAUAUAAUGGUCCUGGUCAAUAUCCACAGCCUGGCUAUGGAGGUUAUGGUGGCUAUGGUGGUUAUGGCUAUGGGCCUAUGUCAGGUCCCCCUCCCCCAAAUCCUCCUGCUCCAGGAACAGAGAACAAUUUUUCUGGUUCAGGACCUGCAGCAGGUGGUGCUGGACCAUCUUCAGCAAAUUCUGGUAAUCAGUCUGGUCCAACCCCUCCUGGAAUGGGAAAUUACCCUCAAGACCCUACCAAUUUUGGACCAAAUCGACCUGGUUAUGGCCCAGGCUAUGGUGGUGGUCCUGGUGGAUUCAACGCUGGAGGAAAUUAUAACAAUCCUGGAAAUUAUGGAGGUCAAGGGGAGAGUUCCCAAGGCCCUAGAGCACCUGGUCAGGGCCCAGGGUAUCACCCUUACAGACGCUAAAGAAUUUCUCAUUCUAUGAAAUGAAUUGACGCAUAAUUUGUAUAUUGAGAGUUUUUAGACUUCUAUUCAUUUUAUACUUCUGUUCCAUUUCCUUUUUUUUUUUCUCUUGUCCUGAAAUGGGUGAUAGGAAUCUUACGUUAACAUGAACUAUAUUUCUUCAUAAAAUAUAUCUUAUCUUUUCUUGAAUUUUGAUUGAAAUCAAUGAAUAAAGGUAGUUUCUUUAAUUAUGGAACAAAUCAUUGUCAUUUUCAUCUCGUUUAAUCUUGUUUCAAAUAUUUGUUGGCAAUUUGCAAUAUGUUAAAAGGAAAGUCAUUCUCUCUGUUUAUGUGUUAGACACCAUCUCUGAUGUUGGUUAUUAAAUUCAAUUUAUCAUAAUCAUAUCAUGAUUACUGUUAAAUGCUGUAUAGAAUCAUUAGUGAAAAUAAAUAU